AUGGCCUGGCGCUGUUCCGGCCGGACCAACGCCGAACUGGUGAGCAACCUGUUCUCCGCGGGGCUGAUCACGUCUCCUCGCGUGCGCGAUGCCAUGUCGUCCGUAGACCGGGCGCAUUACUGCCCAUCGUCGCCGCUGGCCGCGUACGAAGACUCGCCGCAAUCGAUCGGCUUCAGCGCGACCAUCUCCGCCCCGCACAUGCACGCGUCGGCGUGCGAGAACCUGCUGGAAUACUUGCCGGAGAACAAGGACGCGCGCGUGCUCGACAUUGGAAGCGGCAGCGGAUACCUCACGCACGUCCUGGCCAAUCUGGUCUGUGGACCCGACGGCGGCGGGGCCGGCAAGGUGGUGGGCAUCGAUCAUAUCCAAGGCCUGGUCGACUUGGCUAGACAAAACAUCCGCCGGAGCGAGGAAGGACGGCGGUUGCUGGACACGGGCAAGCUCGAGUUGGUCGUCGGUGACGGGCGCAAGGGCUACGCCGAGGCAGGGCCCUACGACGCCAUUCACGUCGGAGCCGCCGCCCGCGAACUGCACCAGUCCCUCAUCGACCAGCUCAAGAGCCCCGGCAGAAUGUUCAUUCCCGUCGAAGACCCUGAUGGCUGGGGUAGCCAGUGGAUCUGGGUCGUCGACAAGGAUCACAACGGCAAUGUGUCCAAGAAGAGAGACAUGGGCGUGCGCUACGUCCCGCUGACCGAUGCCCCCAAGUGA